AUGGCUUCGGACGCCCCCACGAUUGGCACGCUUUCUUCUCCUCCUCAAGCAGGGCAGAUAAUACAACAUGAAGGCAAAGAAUACGAAACCGUGAAAGAAGGGCUUGCACAUAUCCUUAUCCCUCGAUCCUUCCAACCCACGUCCGAUCAAGGGGGCAAGAAAAAGCCGACAGAAGACAAGGAUAGGCCGGCCGUUUUCUACAACCCAAUCCAGCAGUUCAACCGAGACUUGAGCGUUUUGGCGAUUCGUGCGUAUGGGGAGCACGCCAUUGCGAAGAAGCUUGAGAAACACGAACGGAAUUCGAAGCGACGGGAGCAAAAUGGGACAAAACGAAAGCGAGAAGAGAUUGAUGGAGAUAAUAACGACAGCAAUGUCGAGGCAGCAAGCAAGAAACCAUGUGUGCAUGAAAAUCGAGAUGUGGCCGUACAAGAAGCCUCUGAGGGUGAUAUGAAAGCCCCAAGGCCGGGAGAUGCUGGCCAAGUUCAAGCCGGCAGGAAAUCGUUUUCGCCGCCAUUCAAGAUUCUCGACGCAUUAUCGGCUACUGGCUUACGUGCGCUUCGUUAUGCUAAAGAGAUCCCAUUUGCGAGCAAAGUGGUUGCCAACGAUCUCUCUGCGCUCGCAAUUGAAUCGAUGAGGGUCAACAUUGAACACAAUAAAGUUGGGGAUAUCGUUCAGCCAAACAAUGGAGACGCAUGUGCAUACAUGUAUGGCAUACUUGGGCCGCGGGAGCCACGUAAAGACGGCUCUUACUUCGGAAGAUUCGAUGUGGUAGACCUCGACCCUUACGGGACCGCCGCGCCGUUCAUGGACGCUGCAGUGCAAGCUGUUGGCGACGGAGGAAUGCUGUGCGUUACCUGCACGGAUGCCGGGGUUUUUGCAGCUACUGCGUAUCCGGAAAAAGCCUUUGCGCUUUAUGGUGGCAUUCCUAUAAAGGGAGUACACUCGCACGAAGGGGGUUUACGUCUCAUUCUACAUGCUUUGGCGACCACUGCGGCGAAACAUGGGAUUGCGAUUGAGCCGCUGCUCUCGUUGUCUAUCGACUUCUAUGCUAGAUUAUUUGUUCGCGUUCAUAAGUCUCCCUCUGAAGUUAAAUUUACCGCUGGGAAAUCAAUGGUUGUGUACAAUUGCGACAGCGGCUGCGGAGCUUGGACAACACAGAAGUUUGCCUAUAAUCAGGAGCAGAAAGCGAAGAAUGGCAAUUCCUUUUACCUCUAUCGUCUGAGUCAAGCUCCAACAGCGUCGCCUAAUUGCGAACAUUGCGGAUUCCGGACACAUCUCGCUGGCCCGAUGUGGGCAGGGCCUUUGCACAAUCCUCACUUCAUUCAACGGACACUUGCUCUGCUUGCGGGAGCCGAUAAGGAGACGUAUCCAACAUUUGGUCGCAUCGAAGGGAUGCUGACCACUGCUCUCGAAGAAGAUUUAGAUAUUGACGAAUCUUCUGCAGCACCUACACCCGAGCCACAAUCAGCCACUCAGAAUAGCGAUAACAGCGGGAAACCCUCUGCCCUUAUACCUCGAGUUGACCCGAGUAAACUUGAACCUCAUCCCUUCUUCUUCCUUCCCAGCGCUAUCUCCAAGGUCCUCCACACUCUGACGAUGCCCGAGCUUUCACUUCGCGGUGCUCUUCGUCAUUUAGGUUACAAAUCAACCCGGAGUCAUGCUAGGCCGGGCUCUAUUCGUACAGAUGCACCCUGGAAUGUGAUCUGGGAGAUCAUGCGCGAAUGGGUACGCCAAAAGGCUCCGAUCAAAGAAGGUGCUCUGAGUGAAGGGAGCGCCGGUGCCGGAAUCAUGAGGAGACGAAGAGAGAGCCUUAAUAUUGACGGCGACCGUGCAGGGUUGUCGUCUCUAAAACGUGAUAUACUAAGUGCCGUGGAGUCGGGCAAAGAUCUAUCCGACCUAACCACAAAAAUUGAGGCUGCCCUUUAUCGAUCUGGCGCAAAGCGACCAGGAGCAAAUACAGAGCCUGAAACAGGCGAAUCGUCGGCCGGAUCGAAAAAUGAUAAAGGUCCCUCUUCGUUAGAAUUGCCGGAUCCAAGCAAACUGGAUGUAGUAUUCGACAAGGCUCUUGGCAAAAAGGCGUUGGAUGCGCACCGCAAAAAGCGGCUCAUCCGCUAUCAAAUCAAUCCGCGAGCUAACUGGGGGCCUUUGGCUCGUGCGCCGGUUACGGCUGUGAAGAAGGAUUAG